AUGACAAUAGCAGAUGAAAGAGCAAUCCUAUCUCAACCUUGGUAUCAUGGUUUUCUUCCACGCGAAGAUAUGGCAAUAAUGUUGAAACAAGUUGGUGAUUUUUUGGUACGCCUUUCUGAACCUAUUGCUGGUCAGCAACGUGCUAAUAUACUAUCAGUCAUGAUUCGCCAAGAUCCUCCAGACAUAAAACAUUAUGUCAUCAAAAAGACAUCACAUGGAAAAUAUGUUAUUGAAAAAUAUUCUUUUGAUUCUAUAAUAGAAUUAAUUGAUCAUCAUAUGAAAACUAAAGAAUCAAUUACUAAUAAUAGUAAUGUUACUAUUGAAAGACCAAUUUCAAAAAAAAUUUGGGAAUUAUCUCAUGAUACUAUUGUUACAACAAAAAAACUUGGUGAAGGAGCAUUUGGAGAGGUUUGUCUUGGUACAUGGUCAGCUAGAAACAAUCAACAAAUUAAGGUUGCUGUUAAAGUUGCAAAAUUAGAAAAAUUAACAAAAGAACAGGUAAAAGAAAUUAUGAAAGAAGCUCGUUUAAUGAGAAAAUUUGAUCAUCCAAAUGUUAUUAGGAUGUAUGGAGUUGCUGCAGGAAUGGAACCUCUUAUGAUUGUAAUGGAAUUGGCAAGUGAUGGUGCUUUAGAUAAAUAUUUACAAAAACAUGAUUUAACACCAUCAGAAAAAUUAAGAUUAUGUGGUGGGGCAGCUUAUGGAUUAGAAUAUUUACAUAAUCUUAAUUGUAUUCAUAGAGAUAUUGCUGCAAGAAAUUGUUUAUAUGGAGAAGGAAAUGUAAAAAUUGCUGAUUUUGGAUUAACUGUUGAAGGUUAUUACUAUAAAAUGGAUGGUUCACAAAAAGUUCCAUUACGUUGGUUAUCUCCAGAAACUGUAAAAGGAUAUUUUUAUACAUCAAAAUCAGAUGUUUUUGCAUUUGGAAUUAUGUGUUGGGAGAUUUUUCAAAAUGGAAUUGAACCAUAUCCAGGAAUGUCACCAGCUGAAGCUGCUAUAAAAGUUGCAAAAGAAGGAUACAGAAUGCCAUUACCUGAUUUUAUUCAUCCAGACUUUAGAAUAAUGAUUCAAAAUAAAUUAUGGGCUGAGAUUGAUCAUGAAAGAUGUACAAUGACAGAAGUUGCUAAUUUAUUAGAAAGACUUAAUGGGACAUCAAGACCAAAAGCAGGACCAGGAUUAGAUAUUGAUCACGAUGAUCAUCGUAGAUCAGUUCAACCAGUAACACCACAUUCUAAAAUAAAAGCACCUAAAAAUCGUAUGGGUUACUAA